UCCCGCACAUUAGGCGCACCACAUUCGGAGUUCCCUCGCACACCAACACCGAAAACAAAAAUGAAAUUGGGUACAAAGAUGAAAUAAUCGACGCAAUGAAAAGUAUUGUAUCUCAGUUAAAGGCUUCCCCAAAGGGACAGCUCAAAUAUGAAAGAGAUCCUAACAUUGAAAAGGAAUACUUUGACAAAUAUCUGUCACCCCCAAAGUUGAGCACACACCACUCCGAGAUGUCAACACAGAACAGUUUUUAUGUACAAGAGGAAGAUGAGGGAGAAUCAUCAGAGAGUGACAUAUCUGAGAGCAUAAGGAACCUGAAGGUUCAAAUUAAAAACAAAGUCAGGAAACCAAACAAGGCGAAAGUUCAGUUCACCACCAAGAACCACCCCUCUGUGAGUGACAUGACUAUCCAGGUAUCUAACAGGAGAUCAGACCCUACAUACGCGGACACUAAAAGAAACGCCGGUCAAAUCAAAGUCAGCUUCAGUAACGAUCUCUGUAAAGAUAACCACAAAAAGAAGGGGCGAUUGACGGAGAAGCCAUUGGAUCUACCAAGUGUUGAUAAGGCUGCCUCAGAGAAGUUUAUUGUGUCACCGGAGUACAACAGAAGUAGGCGAGGCAUUCAAGAUUACGAAGAGGAACGUAUUAAAGAGUCAAAAACUGAAUUUGAAAGAAAAAGACGGCAGUUUAAGGAAGCUGGGAGAAAAAUCAACAGGAAAGCAGAAAGGCAAAUUAAUGAGUAUGAAAACAAAAGGCAAGAAAAAGCAGCUUCACAACAGAAACAAAUGGAUCAGCUGGAGAAGCAAGGGUCAGCAGAGUUGUUGGAAAAGCAGAUGAAAAUGAUACAGGGCUAUAUUCAUCAUGCAAAGAUGGUGGAAAAGAAACAAGAGAGAAUUCAAGAAGAAAUGAAGAAGAAGGAGGCAGAAAGGCUUAAGAUAUUGGAGAAAGUUAAAAGCAUUGUGAGUGAUUCCAAGACUAUCCUCGACAAAGUAAAAACAAUGUACAAUGCCUAUGCUGCGAAGCUCCCAGAGAGUGUAGCUAAAGGAAUACAGAGCGCCCAGCAGAGGUAUAACAUGUCACAGCAGAUAGUGUCUCCAGAGGACAGCAGGCCAGAGAUCACAAAUCAACAUAUCAUCACUAUCACAGAAAACUUCAGGUUUCUGUCCAACACCCACGACUUUGUCAAACAAUCCAUACAGGAGGUAAAAGAGAAAGAGAAGGAGGCGCUGGAGGCCAAAGUGAAGGCAGAAGAGGAGGCGAGGAAGAAGGCAGAGGAAGAGGCCAGCAAGCCAGCCGAAGCUGCCUCCUCUGUUGGUUCUCCUGGACAGCCAUUGGUCUCCUCCACUCCUAUACCAGGAGCCACCUCCCAGGAGACGCAGGGGGCAACAGGUGGGGUCCCAGUGGCCACAGGUCCCACAGCAACCCCACAAAUCAGUCCAGCAGAGGGAGAGGUCCUGUGUGUAGACAUGGAAGCUUUCCAGGAAUACACCGGACUUCAACAAAUGCUCAAAGAUGCAGAGGAAGCCAUACAGGUCUUGUCCUCUACUCAACAGCUGAAGAAGAUGAAGUUUGAUCUUCAGAAGGCGGUGAACAUCCCUAUCAAUGCUAUAUCGGCUGUUAGUGGGGCUCACCUGAGAGACAAACUGCAGCGCCUCCUGGUGUUACUGUCAGGUCAACAAGUGGAGAUAAGCAAUAAAAGGGUCUCCGUCAGAGACCACCCAGCUGCUCUACCAUUCUGUAAAUACCUCAUUGCUAAAAUGGUAGUGAGAAAAGGUGAGGAGCAGGUGUCGUCUAUCUUUGAGUCGGCCUUCCCCUUGGCGGCGGUGAUGGUGGGGCUGCUGACCCAGCACCCAGACAUCCGGGACCUCCUUCUGGCUCACUUCCACUCCCUGUGUCCCUACACGGUCCCCUACCACAUCCCCCGACAGGACCAGCAGUCAACUGAGGAAUACCACAAAGCACUGGGCUACAAAUAUGACAGUGACGGAAAUGUUGAGAAACAGGACAAAUUUUUGAAGCGAAUGUCAGGGAUUAUGAGAUUAUACACCUCUAUAAUGGUCUCUUCUCCCCCGCGACAACAGAGUACUCACCCAUUUGGGAUUGAGCAUGCAUGGAUAUGGUUGUCAAGGGUGAUGAACAUUCAACCUCUUCCUGAUGUCACGGCUACCAUGGUGUUUGACCUCCUAGAGGUCACAGGACAUGCUUUGUUUCACAAAUACAAAAAGCAAUUUCUGAAAAUGCUUCAUAUAUUGAUACGCGAAUUUCUACCCAAACUGAAAUCAGUAGCAUCAUCAGGAGGAGGAGGUCCUGUAUCUAGACUAGAGGCCCUGAUCAAGGCUAGCAUACAGAGACAGGGACAAAUUCCACCACCAGAGGGACUACUUCCUCCUAACUUCUGGUCGUCAUAAUAGUAGAGGCCCUGAGAAGUCUAGCAGCGAAAGAAAAAUCCCACUACCAGAGGUUUCCCCCUCCCUAACUUCUGAUCUUGAUACAAACUUGAUAAUGUACAGUGUGUACUUAUGCACAUAAUGUUUAUGUCAGUUAAGUACAGUAAUCAAGGGCUGAUGCUUCUUGACAAAAGAAUUGCUAUUUAUAAUCAAAAUCAGGUUAGAACUACAAUUUUUGUCAGCUUCUGAUCUUGAUACAAACUUGAUAAUGUACAGUAUAUACUUAUGCACAUAAUGUUUAUGUCAGUUAAGUACAGUAAUCAAGGGCUGAUGCUUCUUGAGAAAAGAAUUGCUAUUUAUAAUCAAAAUCAGGUUAGAACUACAAUUUUUGUCAGCAUUAUUGUACUAUCAUUGUAAAAACUGUUUUACUGAUGUAGAGUUGUAAAAGAACAUUAAAUUCUAACAGUUUCUUGAUUCAAAAUGACCAGUUUGUACAUGUAUCACAUGCUAUUUUCAAUCAUGUUCAUUAAAUCAUAUUUAUGAGAUGCUUUGCUUAGUGCAAAUAAACUGAUUGCCAUGUAACAAAGUUUAAUUUGAAGUGUAUUUUCAUUUGCAGUUUGUACAGCAGUUCUAUUACUUGUAGAUUUUAACAGAUGAUUUAACAUAUAUUGAAGCCUGUGUUAGCUCUAAUAGUGAGGAGUUGCAAAUUGGAAAUUAAAUUUUAGUAAAUAUGUUACAUUGAAAAAAACAUUUUGGAACUACAUAU